UCCCCUUCCCCUUAUAACAAGCCGGGACUCUUAAAAUAAGAUCAGAAAGCUGCAAAAAAAAAGCAAUCGCUUACAAGCUCUUUUAUGUCUAACAGAGUGACAGAGCCACAGGAGGCAGCGGACGGUGGGCGUAUUUGGCGGCCGUUUUCGGAGGACAGCAGGACGUCGCACUCCUGUUAUCUCGCAGUCGGUCUGCUCCCACAGCAACAGCUUCCAUCAGCAGGGUGAAGGGACAGACGUCUCUGAGCGGUGGCCCCAGCGUCGGCGCACAUCCCCUUGGAUUUCUCCCGAGAAAGAGAGGAUGACUCGCGCUGUGCACACAGACGACUCUGACAUGGGAUCAAAGUGUUGUUGAACAGGUUCCACAAUCAGAAGCAAACAUGGGAUGUUUUGGAUUCCUCAAAGUCAUGAUGUUCAUUUUCAAUGGCGUCAUCUUUUUGGCCGGCGGCGCCAUCCUCGCGGUCGGGAUCUGGGUGAAGGUGGACAGCGGCUCCAUCCUCGGCUUCCUCGGGAAAAUCGAGAACGCACCGCCGGAGCUCCGUCAGGUGCUCAACGUGGGCUACCUGCUGAUUGCGUUGGGCGUGCUGCUGGUCGUCAUCGGCUUCCUCGGCUGCUGCGGCGCUGUCAGGGAGAGCAAGUGCAUGCUGAUGCUGUUUUUCAUCAUAGUCUUGCUGGUCUUCAUAGCGGAGGUAGCGGGGGCAGUGGUGAUCUUGGUAUUCCGACCCCUGGCGGACGAGUUGUUUCAAAAGCUCGGCACGGCAGCGGUUCAGAACAUCAAGGCAGACUAUGGCGCCAAUCCGGACAUCACGGGACUGUGGAAUACUACAAUGGACACGUUAAAAUGUUGUGGAUUCUACAACUCUUCAGACUUCGUGGGCUCCCCGUAUUACAGGAAUCACGACAUGCGAUUCCCGCCGCAGUGCUGUCCAGGCUCGAGCUACUCGUGUAAUCAGUCGGAGGCGGACAACGCCACGACAAUCACCGGCUGCUUCCCAAAGAUCCUGCAUCUGAUCGACAGCAACACAGUGGUUAUUGUGGCAGUGGCGCUGGGGAUUGGAGUUCUGGAGCUAUGUGCCAUGGCCGUAUCAAUGAUCCUUUACUGCAGAAUAAAAUCCAUGCAAGCCUGACUUUGAAAAAAAAAAAAAUCCUCAGGAGGAUCAUCUUUAAUCACUGGAGCCUUCUCACUUCCUACAUCGCCUCUAGAGGGCCGAGGGUCUUUGCCUUUAUUGUGCAAAAAAAUGCCUCACCGUUGAAGAAAGUUAAUGUCCGAUAAAAUAUGCAAUCAGAAUUACCGAAUGAUAAAACAACGUCCAUUUUUCAAUCCAUCCAUCCACUAGCUAUUGUGUUCAUCCUCUGAUGGCCAUUUGGGAGGCUGGAGCCAAUCCCAGCUCACAUUCGGCAAGAAACGUCUAUUUUUCUUUUACCACAUUUAAAUCUAACAAAUGCUGUAUACUGACCUAUACUAUCUAUUUCUGAAGAGCACUACACUUUAUAAAGCAGGCUACACACCACUUGUAACACAUGGCCAGUUAAUGAGGAAUUACACAAUGACUAUAUUUUACUGUGUUGGACACAGGGACCACUUUUUUGAGUGUUGUUGCCACAGUGCAGCUUGUACAAUAGCAACGGAAGUGACAUAUUAUUUGUAUGUAUCUCGUACGGUGAUCAAAUUUUGGAAUAAAGUGCAAAUCGUUUCUA